UAUGACACUCGUACUCAACGUACCUUGCGCAAGGUUUUAUUCUCUGACAAACUGGGUAAGUAGGUACCUACUUACGUACCUAGGUAGAGAACCAGACUGCAUCUUUUUUUUUCUAUAUAAAUACUGAGCUCGAACAUUGCCUAUCUGAAUUGCUAUACCUUCAACUUGCAAGACUCACCAUGCUAUUUGCAAACCACUGUCAUCAACCAACAAGUACAGUCCUGCUAUAAGACUGAUAGAACAAUCUUGUUCGCAAGCCUUGACCUAUAACCUGAAAAUCCUCGCAUCGUUUAGAAACUACACAAUCUCUAAGGAUUCUUCCCCGGCUCCUAAUAGCCCAUCAUGGACAGCCUUCCAACAGAGAUCGUACACCACAUCUGCUCGUUUCUGGACCUUGGUAGUGUUCGGCAGUUCCGUCUUGUCUGCAAGGGCUUCUCAACAAUCGGAGCACAAUACCUUUGCGUUGGUGUACGAUACUCGGCAUGGGACCCCAUCCAGAAAUUAAUGACUCUCUCGAGUCGACCUCAUAUUGCCAGAGGCGUACGGAAGAUACGGUAUUCUCAGCUUCCGGCUUUCCUAUCGAGACUACUGGCGGGGAAUUUCUUUGCGCGUUUGGCGAACCCGCCAAUGCCUCAGAUAGGUCAUGAUCCCCAUCCAAGCUCUUUUUUAGGCUAUGAGUAUAAUUACUUAUACUUCUUGCAUCUACUUCCCCGGUUUCCAAGGCUUCGACUUAUUGUUCUAGAUAUCACCGAACCCAUAAGCGAUUUUGUAAGGGAACGGCCCGUUGGAUUCUACUUCGAGAAUCUCCCUAUAGUCACACCCGCGAGCCAACCCCUAAGAAUGCUGUUACAGGCACUCGCGGAUAGAGGAUCUAGCUUGGACGGCCUAGCAGUUAAUUUCCUCGAUUGGGGAUUUUUCGACUCGAGUGAUGCCGAACUCAUGCCGUUGUUUAAACCCAUUAUCAACCUCAAGUAUCUGGAGCUUGUAUUUAGCAACAUAUAUCAGCCCUGGUCCCUUCAUCAGGGAAGGGUAAUUCGCCGAUGCGACGAAAUCUUAAAAGCCGGCGCGAUCCGAGAACGCCUCGCCAUCUUUACUGAACUACGCACAUUAAAUCUUGAUUUCGCUAGGUUUUUCAAUAAUCACGAACCUCAUUCAUCUGGCACGUCACUAGGUAAUAUAAUCCCCCAAGGCUUUACCUGGUCAUAUUUGCAUAGUCUUAGACUAUGCCGGAUAUUCACGGAUAUAAAGCAGGGACAACAGUGUUGGGAUACGUGGUAUUGGACUCAGGAUGUUUGGACAAGAACCAAUAGGUAUUUCGUGCGGGAUGAGAAGGCUUCGAAUAUGGAUGUUUGCCCUCUCCAGGAAAUUGCCUAUACCGAAGCGUAGCAAGUAUUUUGCUCAGAUAUCGCAUAACCACGAUGUGUAGAUGAAGUGGAGCUCGCAUCGCAGAUAUAAUCUAGGGAGACAGGCAUUAAUUAAGAAGCGAACCCCCCA